UGAAGUAGUCAGUUUGCACAAUGGCAUCUAGCGGACAUCCACAAGAUAUUAUGGAGGAAUUUACUUGCCCAGUUUGCCUUGAAUUUUUAAAUGUUCCAGUGAUGUUGGAGUGUGGGCACAAUUUCUGCAGGUCUUGUAUUGACAGAGUUUGGGAGAGCAAGAAACAACCUUCCUGUCCUGAGUGCAGAGAGGAAUGCACAGCCGGGAAAUAUGCAAUGAACAGACUACUAGCAAACGUGAUUAAAAGGGUGCAAAUACAAUGUGAGAAAGAAGAAAGACCAAGCCCGUGUGAGAAAGACCAAUUCUGUAUGGAACAUAACAAAAGGCUUGAGUUGUUCUGCAAAGAUGAUGACAUUUUGGUUUGCUCACAGUGUGUUCCUGAACAUCAUGGCCACACCUUCUUGACACUGCAGAAAGCACUUGACAUGUACAAGGAGAAACUGACAACAUCUUUGUCUUACCAGCAAUCAAGUCUGAAGCAUUUUAAAGAAAUAAUGUGUCAGCAAGAAAUGAAGGUAUCAGAAAUCACAACCCAUGCCAGAAGUUUACAGUUGCACAUAACAUCGGAAUUUGCCAAGCUUCACCAUUUCCUCCAGGAGAAGGAAGACAAUCUGGUCCAACAGCUGAAGGAGGAAGAAACAGAAAUUCUGAGGGAGAUGGAGGAAAACCUGAGAAAAAUUGAAGAAGGUAUUAAUGCCUUUCAGGAAUCAAUCUCUAAUACUCAGUUACAGUUGCAGCAGCAGGAUGCACUGAUUUUUCUAAAGGAAAUCAAGUCAUUCUUGGAGAGUAUUAAAAAUGUCCAGAAAGAGGAUGACAGCCAAAGAGUUGUGGUGCAUGACUUGCGUCUUGGAAUGUACAAAGGCCCUCUGACAUAUGGAGUAUGGAAGGAGAUGAAAUCCGUCCUUAAUCCUGGUUUGUCUAAUCUUGUUUUGGACACUAAAGCAGCACACCCUGAUCUCAUUCUAUCUGAUGACCUGACUAGUGUAAAAGAUGGCAACAAAAUGCAGGACCUCCCUGACUACCCUGAGAGGUUUGAUGAAUGCCUCUUUGUGCUGGGAUUAGAGGGAUUCACAUCAGGUAGGCACUACUGGGAGGUAGAGGUGGAGAACAAGACUGAGUGGUGUGUGGGUGUCACCAAAGAGUCCAGCACCUGGAAAGGAGACUUCAUGAGCCCUGAGAAUGGAUACUGGACUUUGUUUCUUAACAGUGAGAAUGAGUAUGCAGUAUGGGAUACAAUACCAAAGUGUCUCAGACUCAGGGAGAAGGCCCAGAGGAUUGGAAUAUAUCUGGACUAUGAGGGAGGACAGGUGUCAUUUUAUAAUUCUGACAUGUCUCAUCUCUACACUUUCACUGACACCUUCACUGAGAGACUGUAUCCUUUCCUCAGCCCUGGUAAUAAUAAUGGGGGUAAAAAUGCAGAACCCCUGAAGCUCUUUCACUUAAAACUGUAGUUCUGACUGAAAACUAUUAGUGUAUUACACAAAGGUUAAAAAUGGUUCUGCUGUAUCAUGAUUAGUUUUGCAAAUUUAACAUAGAGACUGAAAAUAUGUUAAAAAAAGUUUUAAUCAGAUUCAUCAAGUAUUGGUCUUAAUGUGAAGGAAGUAUAUAAAAUGAUACAUUUCACAGUAGUGAAACAUAAAGACAAAAUAAUUUUUGAGAGGAUAUUCUUGUUUAAUAACUAUUUUGCCUCUGGGGAUUUUAUAAUGUUCUGUAUAUCUCUUAACAUGUUCUACUUAAAUUAGACCUUGAAUUUAAGAUCUGAGCAGUUAGGGAUGUUUUGACAUGCACAUUACAGCUGGCAGUUUGAGAGUGAACAACAUAAUGACUUUACAUUUUGAAACUUAUACUUUUAAUUAUCUUAAAGAUAAAACAUAUAAAAGUAAAUCACAAUUCCAGUUUAUUAUUUUUUGUCUUCUUUUUAUUGCUGUUAACUUGUUGUGUUUCUUUAGCCCCAGCUUGUAUUUCACCCCUCUGUGUCUCAUAAUGGAUCCCAAUACUGUCUCUUACUGGCCAUAAUACAUGCUUUGGCUAUAUAAGCAGGUACUGCCCGCUGCUACUUGCAUGUGUCAGCGUGUUAAAAGCCUGGCCUCCCAAAUAAAGACAGACUUCUUUUGUUGCCACUCAGAGAGAAGUAUCACUGGUUGUUUUAUAUAAGCAAAAGCAAUAAACAAACGGAUCUCACCAUCAGAAAUAAAAAAAAAACUCACUUAUUUUAAUCUAAAUACAAAGAGCAGAGCUUUGGAGAAUAAUCCCUUCUUCAGUGCAUAGAUAAUACAGUUCAAAUGCAGAGAUAUUUAAACACAGCACAUGAUCUCAUUGCCCAGUCAGAGCUCAGCUUGUUAUACAGAGAACCUAAAAUUUAAAGACACAGCAACACAUGGAAAAAUUACAUUCAAAGGCAACUUAAAAAGCACAACAGAUACAGGCAGUCAAUAGCAACAUUCACUUCACUGUCAUUUGCUUUUGUUGUAUUUAAAGACUCUGUAUUUGAACUGUGUUUUAUAUGCAUUGAAGAAGGGAUUAUUCCCAAAAGCUCUGCU